ACAUCUUAUUUUUGACUCUUCAUUCUCUUUCUUCUAUAUAAAUCAAGCCACACUUUCUUCUUCCAUCAAGAUUGUGUGCUUAAUCACUUCUCUGCACCUCACAUCGAUUUCUGAGCGCUAAUUCACCAAUCAAAUAAAUGGCAACUCAAAGGAACACAAUGAGUCUUGUAUUUAUUGCGUCGGCGAUGAUCUGGACAGGAGCUGCAGCUCAAUCAAGCGAUGAUUGCACGAAUGUGUUGGUUAGUAUGUCCCCGUGCUUGAAUUACAUCACGGGGAACUCUUCAUCACCGUCCUCAGGUUGCUGCACGCAGCUUAGCACGGUGGUUAAGAACAACCCUGAAUGCUUGUGCCAGGUCCUCAAUGGUGGUGGUUCCAACCUCGGCCUCAACAUUAACCAGACUCAAGCUUUGGCUCUUCCUACAGCUUGCAAAGUUCAGACUCCAUCAGUCAGCAAAUGCAAUGCCGGCUCCCCGAAUAGCUCUCCUGCUGGAACACCAAGUUCUCCUGGUACAAAAGCUUCAGGGCGUGGAUCUGUACCAUCAACAGAAGGCGGUUCCAAUGAUGCAACUUUAACCAAGAUGAUCGGUCUUCCUUUCUUCAUCCUUCUCUUCAUUAGUUCUUAUGCUUCAGCAUUCACCACCGCGUAACUCGGGACUAUCAGGGAUCAUAUCCGAAGUCAAUUUUCCCGCAGAGACUUGAGUCUUUAUUGUAUUUUUUCCUGGAUGUGCAGCCCUUCCCCGGAACUUGAGUGAACGCAAAAUGCUUUGUGCACGGGACUGUCCAUUGUUGUGAUAUGUAUUAGCUAGUUUUUCUUUGCAUAAAUAAAUUUGUCGGCCUUAUUUGAAA